AUGUCGUUUUUAUUGUUCAUUGCGACGUGUUACACUUUAGUGUUUGCUCCAUGUGAAGCCGCGAGAAUUCUCGGAGUAUUCCCAGUGCCAUCGAUCAGUCACCAAGUGGUAUUUCGUGCUAUAACUCAGGAACUAGCUCGGAGAGGCCAUGAGCUGAUCAUUAUCACGCCAGACCCAGCCUUCCCUAAAGGUAAAACCCCUGCGAAUCUCACAGAAAUUGACGUCCAUGAUGUAGCGUACAAAAUGUGGAGGGAUGAUAUUCAAGACAUAGUUAUAGGAGAAAUUCAUGGAAUCUUAUCCGAAUAUGCCAUUAUAAUGAAACUAAUGGCAAAAGUACUCGAUGUAGAAUUAAAAGAUAAACAAGUGCAAAAAUUACUAAACGAUAAAAGCCAAAAGUUCGAUUUGAUAUUAGCUGAAGCUUGUGUCAGAUCAGCUGUUGUGUUCUCUCAUAUUUACAAAGCGCCUGUCAUUUUGAUUAGUUCGUUUGGACCGUUUCUUGAUAAUUACAAUGUUAUGGGCGCUCCUACUCACCCACUGCUAUAUGCCAAUAAUAUGAGUCGACGAUUCAACAAUCUGACGAUGUGGGAUAAAAUUGUGAAGUUAUAUUACCGAUACAAUAUUGAAGUGAUGCUGAACAAGAACUAUGCAUAUGAAAACCAAAUGCUCAGAUCACAUUUUGGACCGGACUUACCACCAAUAGAAGAAAUAUACAACAAUGUUGCAAUGUUCUUUUUGAAUCUUCAUCCGAUAUUUGAAGGCAAUUAUCCUGUACCACCGUCAGUGGUACAUAUCGGUGGUAUUCAUCAGGUUCCUGAAAAGGAUUUGCCCAAGGAGCUCCAAAAUUACUUGGACUCGUCCAAAAAUGGUGUGAUCUACGUAAGCUUCGGUACCAAUGUGGAACCAUCAACUUUACCAGCUGAGAAGCUUAAGGUUUUGGUAGACGUCCUGUCUAGAGUACCUUAUGAUGUACUGAUAAAAUGGAACAAGGACGUCCUUCCUGGAAUUGGUGCCAACAUCAAAUUGUCUAAGUGGCUACCUCAGACUGAUUUACUGAGACAUCCCAAAGUUAAGCUGUUCAUAACACAAGGAGGUCUACAAUCAACAGAUGAAGCUAUAGCAGCUGGAGUACCUCUAAUUGGUCUUCCAAUGUGGGGAGACCAGUGGUAUAAUACGGAAAGAUACGAACGACUUAAGAUUGGACUCAUUUUGGAUAUCAAGACGCUUACAGAAGAAAUUUUCGAAAAUGCUAUCAAUAAUGUUAUUGAAGAUGAAAGUUACCGUCAAAACAUUCGGAAACUGAAUAUGUUAAUUCGGGAUCAGCCUCAACCUCCUCUAGAGCGUGCCAUCUGGUGGACGGAGCACGUACUACGUCACGGUGGUGGAAGCCACCUUCGAGGGCCUGCCGCCAACAUGUCAUGGGCAGAGUACCUCGAACUAGAAUUAAUACUAGUCAUAGCUUCAAUACUAUUAUUAGCAAUUACCAUAUUCAUGAUAGCUUCCUAUUAUUUUUAUAAGAACGUUUUAAAACAAUAUCUAAUUGCUAGUAAGGUUAAAAGAAAUUGAACAGUCAGCGUUGAACAUCAUGUCAUGUCGAUCGAGUUGACGCAAAAGAAACUCUCUUAAGGCACUCAGGUACUGUUACUUUGUCAGCGUAAGGGUAGCUCGCCGGGCGACCAAAACAGAGUGUACGGCGCAUCGUGUUCCAUACGCGCUUUUUAGUCUUAAUAGUGUAAUUAGA